AUGGCCUCGCGCCACCUGUCGAUCGCCGCCGCCAGCCACCGCAGGCCCACCGGGGCCCAGAUCGGGCCCGCCCCGGGCCAGAUCGGGCCCGAGCCUCGCCGCCCGCCGCCUCCAGCGUCGGCGCCCCGCCACUAUCGCGCCUCCACCACUGCAGUCCAGCGCUGGCCCCCUCCUUCCCCAUCGCCGGCACCCCCGCCGCCGCCGCCCUGGAGCAGGAGUUGCCUCCUCCGCCGCCUCACUCCGGCGUCGCGCCGCCCGCCCCCCCGCGCCCGACCUCGCCGCCGGGAGCCUCGCCCCCCGCCGGUAUCCGCGUCACUGGCACCGCCCCGCAGCUCCCCGCCGCCUCGCCGCACUGAAGCUCGCCGGAACGCGCCGCCCUCCAUCGGCGCGCCACGGAUCCGGUCGGGCCGGACCUCGCCGACGUCCUCCCGGCCUUCCCCGCGCCUCCCCGUCAUUCCGCUCCUCGCCGGAGUUGCCGGAGCUUCGCCGGAGCUCAGAUCGGGAUCGGGACCAGAUCCACCGGUCCCCGAUCCAAACGCCACGCCCGAUCCCGCACCGACUCAUCCUCUCUCGACGGACCGGGAGGACCUGGACACCGUCAUUAAGGAUGUGGCCAAGAACGCUGCGGCGGAGGCCGAGAAGAUUGCCGCCGAGGAGGCUGCCAGGGGCGCUGCUGAGGACGCCGCAAAGGGGCCUGCCGGGGAGGCCGGCCAGGCCACCGCUGAGGGGGGCGGCACGUUGAGCACCAGGACACCCGUCGAGGGAGAGGAGUUCGGCAACGAAGUGCUUGCCGCCGCCGGGCUCGAGGUCGUCGGCGAGCCGAGCGUUGGUGGCGACGGCCCCCAGGAGGAGCGGUUGCUCCAGGCCAUGGGCGCCAGCUUCCGGAAGCUCCAGGUGCUCUAG